UUUGGCUGCUCGCCUGCUGAUCAUCCUUCACUCCAGGCUUGCAGCGGAGGCAACAGUCCUGUGUCCGAUUUGGGCACGUGAGUGCUGCAUACCCAGACAGUGGGCAGGUAUGAAGACCCCUCACAAAAAAGCAGCUGCAAGAGAGCAAACAAGAGAAGCUGUUGCUCACCACCACAUUGGCUCCACAACCAUCAAGAAGAAAAAAGCUGCUCAGAAGAGGCAGAGGAGCAGACCUUCAUCCCGGUCUCGAAGAAACAUCGUGGGCUGCAGAAUUUCUCACGGGUGGAAGGAAGGAGAUGAGCCCAUCACCCAGUGGAAAGGAACUGUUCUGGAUCAGGUGCCUAUAAACCCCUCUCUCUAUCUGGUGAAAUACGAUGGAAUAGAUUGUGUCUAUGGACUGGAACUUCACAGAGAUGAGAGGAUUUUAAAGCUUAAAAUCCUUCCUGAUAAGGUGUCGUUUUCUCGAGUCAGCGAUGUGCGCCUUGCUGAUACCAUAAUUGGCAAAGCAGUGGAACACAUGUUUGAGGGUGAGCAUGGCUCUAAGGAUGAAUGGAGGGGGAUGGUUCUGGCCCAAGCGCCUAUCAUGAAAGCCUGGUUUUACAUUACCUAUGAGAAAGAUCCUGUCCUGUACAUGUACCAGCUUCUGGAUGAUUAUAAAGAGGGCGACCUCCGUAUCAUGCCAGAGUCCAGUGCAUCUCCUCCAGCAGACAGGGAGCCAGAAGGAGUUGUAGAUGGCCUGAUAGGUAAACAUGUGGAAUAUACCAAAGAAGAUGGCUCCAAGAGGACAGGCAAGGUCAUUCACCAAGUUAAAGCCAAGCCCUCUGUGUACUUCAUCAAGUUUGAUGACGAUUUCCAUAUCUAUGUCUAUGAUUUAGUUAAAAAGAACUGUUAG